AUGCUGCCCUCCAGCCGCCGCCUCGCCCUCUCCCUCCGCCGGGCUCUGGCGCUGGGCGCCCCGCGGACCUCGGCCCGGCAUUACGCCGAAGCGGCCCCGGCUGCCGGCGGCGCGGGCCAGAUGGCCUUCACCUUCGCCUCGCCCUCGGAGGUUUUCUACAACGCAGCCAACGUGAAGCAAGUGGACGUCCCCACCCUGAACGGAGCCUUUGGCAUCUUGGCUGCCCAUGUACCCACUCUGCAGGUCUUGAAGCCCGGGGUUGUGACAGUCUUCACCGAGGAUGGCUCAACUGCUAAGUACUUUGUGAGCAGCGGUUCCGUCACAGUGAAUGCGGAUUCUUCCGUCCAGCUGCUGGCCGAGGAAGUAGCGGAGUUGGAUCACCUCGACCUUACGGCGGCCAGGUCAAACUUGGAAAAGGCCUUGUCAGCUCUCGCCUCGGCCCCCGACGAAGCCGCAAAGGCUGAAGCGCAGAUCAGCGUGGAGGCCAACGAAGCCCUGGUGAAAGCCCUGGAGUGA